AUGGCGGCAACUCUCAAUUCUGACACCAUCUCCAAGAUCACUGAAAAGGAAAAGGAGAUAAGUGGACGAGAUGGACCAGUCAGAGGUGGGCCAACAGCUAAAGCCCAAAGUCAUGUCGGCCAGCAGAUCGAUAGCAAAACAAUUCGUGCUAUAAAUGAGGGCGAGCAAAAGAUCACCGGUCGCGAAACGCUCAAGUCUGGUCCUACUGCUGAAGCUCAAAGCAUGGCAACCAGGAAUGACCAGACGACUAGCACCGCAACCAACAGCAAUGUUAAUACCACAUCUAGAAAUCGCAAUGCAACAAGUAAUCACAGUGGCAUACUCGACUCAUCUACGAUCGCGCAGAUCCAUGAAGCUGAAUCUGAAAUAACUGGGUCAGCGGACCCUGUGAGUGGUGGCCCAACCGCACAAGCCCAAAGACAUGCAAACGAGGCUAUCAACAGCGACAACCUUCACGACAUCACCGAGGGCGAGAAGAUAAUCACUGGAGGCGAACGAGUAAAGGGUGGUCCUACUUCAACUGCGCAGAGUGAGUUGGGAAAGAGUCGGUCCUAG